AUGUCGUCAAUAAAAGAUCAGCAAAUCGUUUCGUCGACAGACUCGUCUCGUAAAAGGCAUCGCGACGAACGGCGACAAGACCCAGAAGUGGCCAAGCUGCGCCGCAACCUCGAUGCAAUCAGCUCCAAAGUGCACGACGCUAUCAGCUCGGCACCCGAGAUCGCCAAAGUCCUCGCCGAGACGAAAAGAAGUCCCUUCACUCGUCGUAUCGCCGCGAUACCUCUAAGGGAUCAAACGGCUCUCCGUCUUCAGUUCUACAACAAGGGUGACGAUCCUCGAGGCUGGCUAAGAAACUUCGAGAUCGUUAUGAAAAGGCAAAAAUAUGCCUCCCAUGAAGAACAAGACGCAAAUUACUGCCAAGUGUUCAUCGAGCAUAUGAACAAAGAUGCGACGAGCUGGUUUUCAAAUCUUCCCGCCGAGACCAUCGACAGCUUCGACGACCUCAGCACGGCAUUCAUGAAACAUUUUGGCAUGUUUAUGUCGAAAGGCAGCACCAAUCUUUUCACUAUGGCACAGGGAAAAGAUGAGCCUCUUCGCGAGUUCGUCGAGAGAUUCAAAACAGCAGCAGCAGAGCACUCAGACAUCCCUGACGCGAUAGGAAUCAAAGCUUUCGAAAACGGGCUUUGGUUCGAAUCAAAGUUGAAAGAGAGUCUGAUGCUCGACGAACCCGCAACCCUCCAGGACGCUUUGCACAGUCCCAAAAAUACGUCUGCGUCGAAGAAAGCAAGGCGCACCACUCAAAGAUUCAUGGAAUGA